AUGGCUCAUAGAACGAUAAAUUUUUUAAAUAGAAUUUCUUUCAUGAAGUUACACAAUUCGUCGUCGUCUGGCGUACUUCUGGCAGUGUACAUGCCUCCUAACAUUGACAUUUAUGAAAAUUUUCAGGCUGGUUUUUAUCUUUUUAGUUGGGACUUGGUUAGUGAAGAAGAUGGGUCAUUCGAUUCAGUGAAGAGUUGUUCAUUGUCAUUUGUUCCUUCUGAAAUCAUUUUCAACUUUUGUUGGAGCGAUGAAACUAACUUAAAGUCUUUCCCCAAACUUCUCAAAUUUUACGCAGUCGAUGAAUGUAAUGUCAUCUGGGUUUACACUUUUGAUACGAAAAGGAAAUCAGACAGAAAUAUCGUCGGCCAUCACAGCUCCUUCAUAAAUGCCCUAGUGGAGCAGCCCGAAUCUGGUUUGUACCUGGCCAGUGUGGGCGAUGAUAAUAGAUGUUGCCUAUGGACUGCCAAUGAAAAAAACAUCAAGGACAAUGUUGUCUUCCAUCUGACAUCUCCAGGUAUCAAUGUUCUAUGGAACCCUAAGGAGCCUAACAAGUUCAUGGUGGCUGAGAAGAAUGGUAUGAUCAGGUUUUACAGUGCAGAGAGUAAGAAGGCCUUAUUCUCAUUGGACAGCUGUCAGAACCUGCUCUCCACCUCCGAUUGGUCCUCGUUCAAUUCCCUCUACGUUGCUGCUAUGGUCGAGUCAGAUCUCACCGUUUUCGAUACUUCAAAAUCUAACCGACCGAUGUUGGUUGAAAAAGUGACAGAUUCAGGUGCAGUGAGAUUAGCCUGGUGUCCAUCGGUUGAUUACAUCCUUACAUUCGUUAGCAGGUCCAAGUACCAGCUAACAGUUCUUAAUGUCAAAUCAAUGAAGAUUCUCUUUACAAUGGACCUGAAGUUGUACAGAGGAUUUGAAUGGCACACCUACCUACCGCAUCUCUAUGUGGCUGAUGACAUGAACAUACAUAUCAUCGAUAUAUCUUCUAAAAUAUAG